CGACGGUUCGUCGUCCGGUUCUUUUCAGUUCCUCCAACAACGCGAUCCAAAAUGGCUGUGCUUUGAGAUCAUCUGUAUGGAUAAAAAUAUUGUUUUGUUUUGACAGUGGACAUUUUUUAUUGCCGAAAAUCCAACCAUGAAUUCAACGAACUUUUCCCUUUCAUUAACUUUGCUGUGUCUGGCUCUUGAAAUUCCUCUUGGAGUGAAUGGUUUCCUGCGAAGGUGUUUUGUGUGUAGAUCAAGAGGCGAAUUAGGUUCCUGUAAGGACGGAUUUAAUUUCAAUGCGACACUGCUCGGAAACGAAAAAGGAGUGACUGCAGAUCCAUGUGCGUCAGGAUGGUGUGCUAAAAUUAUUCAGGGUCGCAGCAUCAAUAAUGAACACGACGCGGCAACGGAACGAACGUGUCUGCAAAGAGGUCCAGAUGAUGGAGAAGAGAGAUGUGCGCACACAACGAUGGAUUACAAAAAAGUUUUUAUAUGUUUUUGCAAAGGGGAUCUUUGCAAUGGUGCAAGCUUAAAAAUUCCAAGCCUACUAGUUUUCACGAUAACAACUUUAGUAACAGUGCAACAGCUCUUUGUAUGACGUAUGUCAUAGAAAUACAGUAAUUACGAAAGAAAAUACGUACGCAAGACACAAAUUACAUGUCUCGUCUCUAAAAAAGAUUUCAAAAGACAACACGUCAUGGAGCAAUUUCAAAUAUAUGUUUUAAACACUUUUCGAUAGACCUAAAUAUAGGUCACUUUAAUAUUUCAAAUAAUUAUUUCACUUUUCAGUCCAAGUUUUAAUUGAAAGCAUUUUACUUUUUAUCGUUUAAAGUUUCAUUGCGUUAUCGCGCAUUUAAAAAGUGCGCGAAUCUAUUAUUUUGUAUGUUAGACUUUGGUAUGCUGCAUGAAAGAAUGGAUGUUUGCAUGAGUUUUAUACGUUUAUAUAAAUAAAUAUUGAUAAGACUUUAGACUUUAUUCAGUAUUUUAUUUGUCAACAUAUGA